AUGAACCAUCUGCACGACUCGAUGGAGCCGAGAGUGAUGGACGACGACAUGCUCAAGUUGGCUGUGGGGGAGCAGGGCCCCCAGGAGGAGGCCGGGCAGCUGGCCAAGCAGGAGGGCAUCCUCUUCAAGGAUGUCCUGUCCCUGCAGCUGGACUUCCAGAACAUCCUCCGCAUAGACAACCUCUGGCAGUUUGAGAACCUGAGGAAGCUACAGCUGGACAAUAACAUCAUUGAGAGGAUCGAGGGCCUGGAGAACCUCACACACCUGGUCUGGCUGGAUCUGUCCUUCAACAACAUUGAGGCCAUCGAGGGACUGGACACACUGGUGAACCUAGAGGACUUGAGCCUGUUCAGCAACCGGAUCUCCAAGAUUGACGCUUUGGACGCCCUUGUCAAGCUGCAGGUGUUGUCGCUGGGCAACAACCAGAUCAGCAACAUGAUGAACAUCAUCUACCUGCGACAGUUCAAGUACCUGCGCACGCUCAGCCUUUCUGGGAACCCCAUCUCUGAGGCGGAGGAUUACAAGAUGUUCAUCUGUGCCUAUCUUCCUGACCUUGUGUACCUGGACUUCCGGCGCAUCAGUGACGACACGGCAAAGCUGGCGGAGGCCAAGCACCAGUACGGCAUCGAUGAGCUGAAGCACCGGGAGAGCCUGAUGCAGGCGCGGCUGGAGGACGAGCAGGCCCGGCGGGAGGAGCUGCAGAAACACAAGGCUGCGUUUGUUGAGCACCUGAACGGCUCCUUCCUGUUUGACAGCAUGUACACAGAGGACGUGGAGGGCAAGAAGCUGUCCUACCUGCCCGGUGUCAGCGAGCUCCUCGAGGCCUACAAGGACAAAUUUGUCAUCAUCUGCCUGAACAUUUUCGAGUAUGGCCUGAAACAGCAUGAGAAGCGGAAAACAGAGCUUGACACCUUCAAUGAAUGUGUGCACGAGGCCAUCCAGGAAAACCAGGAGCAAGGCAAACACAGGAUUGCCAAGUUUGAGGAGAAGUACUUGCUGAGUUUAAAUACCAUUCGAGAAGAGUCUGAGGUGCCCACCAUUGAGAAGAAGAUCAUGGAGUGUGGCGAAGACAUCACGGAGCUGUUCAAUGCGCUCAUGACGCUGGAGAUGCAGCUGGUGGAGCAGCUGGAGGAGACUAUAAACUUGUUCGAAAGGAACAUCAUCGACUUGGUGGGACUGUUUAUCGAAAAUGUCCAAAGCCUGAUGGCUCAGUGCCGGGACCUGGAGAACCACCACCACGAGAAGCUCCUGGAGAUCUCCAUCAACACCCUCGAGAAGAACGUCAAGGGCGAGCUGGACGAAGACUUGCCUGACGACGUGCGCUUGCUUUUUGUAGACAAAGAUACGAUUAUUAAUGCUGUCGGGGCGUCACAUGACAUCCAUCUCCUGAAGAUUGACAAUCGAGAAGACGAGCUGGUGACUAGGAUCAACUCUUGGUGUACACACUUGGUAGACAAGAUUCACAGGGAUGAGACCACGAGGAACCGCGAGCGAGUAAAGGAGAUCAGUCAAUACGUCGACCACAUGCAGAGUGAACUAGACAACCUGGAGUACGGCGACAUCCUAGACUAG